UAGGCAUCCGGUCCUCGUCGUUGACUGACCUACGAGGGAGCAGAAUAACUCAGAGGGAUGUACAUUCCAACAAGAAUCGCAGCCAGACUUCCCCUACUCGCCUCUCCUUCGCUUCCCUCCUCUUUAUUCUCUCACCACCGUCAAUUGAAACGCUGCGCUGCGAAGAAGAUGGCUUGGAGUUUGAAGAGAGCGACGCGGGGGGUUGAAACCCACUUGGGGGUGGUCCGUCCGGCCACUGAAGCUCACGCUGAAGAGGCCGUCGGAGCUCUCAGAGCCGGAGAAGUCAUUGCCGUCCCCACCGAUACGCUGUACGGCUUCGCUUGUGAUGCUUGCUCUUUGGAAGCAGUGAACCGAAUAUAUGAGAUUAAAGGACGUAAGCAUACAAGUCCUCUUGCAAUUUGUGUUGGGGAUGUUCCGGACAUUGAGCGGUUUGCUGUCACAGACCAUUUGCCCCAUGGCUUGCUUGAGGCUCUCCUUCCAGGACCCGUUACUCUUGUACUAAGCCGAGGGGAGUCAAGUAUUCUUGAGAAGUCUUUAAACCCAGGAUUGGAGAGUAUAGGAGUCCGAGUACCUGACUGUAACUUCAUCAGGGACAUUGCACGCAAAUUGGGGAGUGCAUUGGCCCUUACAAGUGCAAACCUAAGUGGGCAGCCAAGUAGUGUUUCCAUCAAAGAUUUUGAGAACCUCUGGGAACACUGUGCGUACGUUUACAAUGGUGGUGUGCUUCCUUCAGGCCGUGCAGGCUCAACAGUUGUGGACCUCACCAGACUCGACAGGUACAAGAUUCUUCGACCCGGAAGUGCGAGAGACGAAACUGUUGCAAUUCUCGGAAGGUUUUCUCUUGAGGAAGAAGGAACAGCUACUUAAACCCACAUGCAUUGCAACUCCCAUGCUUUACAUGCCUUAAUGGCUGUGACCUGGGCAGCUGGAAGGUAUGAAUCGACGAUAUAUACCAUAAUCCGGAAUUGAAGCAAAUUUGUGAUUGUAGAAUCCUAUUUGUUUUUGUAAUUUUAUAUGACCUGAAGCGAUAGAUGAAGUUUGGAUACAAGUUAGAUUAGUUAAGUUCAUUCACCACUAAGCUAUUAUCUCAAGUUCUGUUAUCUUUUAAUACUUUUAUAUUUUGAUACGAAUUAUUUUGUAUCAGAUG